CUAUGAGGAAUCUAUUGGACAGUGAGUUGAAGCUGCCUGACUGAGCCACUCCUUCUCUCUUUUCCCUGCCUGCUACCUGUUGCUGCUUCAACUUUUAACCCCCAACCAUCCUCCACCAAAGUUCCUGAAGCUGCAGCAACUCGCAAUUUGGGGCAUACCAUACAUGGACUACUAGAGAGUCUUCAACAGGACUGCAAGUAACCUAAAACCACCAAAACAUCUAAAAUGGGGAAGCAGAACAGCAAACUCCGCCCAGAGGUGAUGCAGGAUCUGCUGGAGAGCACGGACUUCACCGAAGCUGAGAUCCAGGAGUGGUAUAAGGGCUUCCUGAGGGACUGCCCCAGCGGGAACCUCUCCAUGGAGGAGUUUAAGAAGAUCUAUGGUAACUUCUUCCCUUACGGAGACGCCUCCAAGUUCGCAGAGCACGUCUUCCGCACCUUCGACGCCAACGGGGACGGGACCAUAGACUUCCGGGAGUUCAUAAUUGCUCUGAGCGUUACAUCUCGUGGCCGCCUGGACCAAAAACUGAAGUGGGCCUUUAGCAUGUACGACCUGGACGGGAACGGAUACAUCAGCAAGGCAGAGAUGCUGGAGAUCGUACAGGCGAUCUACAAGAUGGUUUCCUCUGUCAUGAAAAUGCCGGAGGAUGAGUCGACACCUGAGAAACGCACAGACAAAAUCUUCAGGCAGAUGGACACAAAUCGUGAUGGUAAACUGUCUCUGGAGGAGUUUGUUGAGGGAGCAAAGAACGAUCCGUCUAUCGUGCGGCUGCUGCAGUGUGAUCCCAGCAGCGUAGGGCAGUAGAACAACCUACUGUCUGCAGGCAUCUAGUAUUAUUUAUUCAGGUCAAAGCAUUCUUCUUCAUUCACCCAGUAGUGACUAACAGCACAACAGAUCGACAUCGAGCAGAUAAAAUUGGACCCAAGCAGAGGAGCCACAUACUGGACCAUCACAUACUAGACCAUCACAUACUGGACCAUCACAUACUGGACCAUCACAUACUAGACCAUCACAUACUGGACCAUCACAUACUGGACAACCACAUACUGGACCAUCACAUACUAGACCAUCACAUACUGGACCACCACAUACUGGACCAUCACAUACCGGACCAUCACAUACUAGACAAUCACAUACUAGACCAUCACAUACUAGACCAUCACAUACUGGACCAUCACAUACUGGACAACCACAUACUGGACCAUCACAUACUAGACCAUCACAUACUGGACCACCACAUACUGGAGCAUCACAUACUGGCCCAUCACAUAUUGGCCAUCACAUACUGCACCAUCACAUACUGCACCAUCACAUACUGGACCAUUACAUACUGGACCAUUAUACUGGACCAUUACAUACUGGACCAUUAUACUGGACCAUUAUACUGGACCAUCACAUACUGGACCAUCGCAAACUGCACCGUCACAUACUGGGCCAUCACCUACUAGACCAUCACAUACUGGACCAUCACAUACUGGGCCAUCACCUACUAGACCAUCACAUACUGGACCAUCACAUACUGGACCAUCACAUACUGCACCAUCACAUACUAGACCAUUAUACUGGACCAUCACAUACUGGACCAUCACAUACUAGACCAUCACAUACUAGACCAUCACAUACUGGACCAUUAUACUGGACCAUUAUACUGGACCAUCACAUACUGGGCCAUCACAUACUAGACCAUCACAUACUGGACCAUCACAUACUAGACCAUCACAUACUGGACCAUCAUAGACAUUCAUUUUAUUCUAAUGGUUACAGUUAGGAUCAAGGUUUACUAUUUUGAUCCAAGAUCAGUGGUGAAGGGCUGUUUCUACUUAAAGCCAAGAAACACAAUUCUGCCAUGAGGAACUGAACUGAAAGGAGGGAGAAAAGUAUUGGAGAAACAUGACACCAGAUGGAAGCUAUUGAUCUCCCCUACUGUAGAUGGAAGCUAUUGAUCUCCCCUACUGUAGAUGGAAGCUAUUGAUCUCCCCUACUGUAGAUGGAAGCUAUUGAUCUCCCCUACUGUAGAUGGAAGCUAUUGAUCUCCCCUACUGUAGAUGGAAGCUAUUGAUCUCCCCUACUGUAGAUGGAAGAGAGAGUGUAUGAGCGAAAAGAGGUAGCUAGAAGAUUUAUUAUAAUAUUUGACAUAGUGACAAAAUAUUGUGGCAUUUUGCAGCAAUUAAACAUUUUCACUUUAA